AAAUUUAACGAAUCAACAAACAGAACAGACAUUUAAAUUCUCCCGUUUCACCAGAAGACAUCUCAUCUACUGGAGUCUCGUCCUCCAGCCUCGAAGAAGAAAGUUCACUGUAGCCAGGCAACGGACAGAGGCGACAGGACCGCAAACACACGAAAUUAUUUUACUGUCUUAAAAAACCACGCAAGAAAAAACAACAUCAUGUCCUGUGCUGGUGAAGACCCCCCCGAGCCCAGGUCCAUGAGCAGAGCCAGGCAGUGGACAGCAGAGGUGGAGAACCUGUUUCGAUUCCAGCUGGCAGGCUACAGAGAUGAAGUGGAGUAUUCACAAGUCAAACAAGGAGCUUCGGUUGACAAAUGGCCGAACUCCGGCUUCGUGAAGAAGCUCCAGCGUCGAGAUGACACGUUUUAUUACUACGACAAGAAACGUGAAUGUCAGGACCGAGAAGUCCAUAAAGUCAAAGUCUUCACAUAUUAGUCCUCUGAGGAUUUAACGUCUGUAUAUAUAAAGAUGGACGUCAUGGGGACUCCCAAAAGUGAAGCCAAAACAUCUAGAUCGCCCCCUGGUGGCUGGCUGCAGAACAGGUCAAAAACCCUGCCACCUCCAUGUUAGUGGAUGGGACAUGGACCAAACUAAAAAAAAGAAUCCAAGUGUUUGUUGAAUGAACUUUCCUCAGAGAUGGUGUCUGUCCUCUCAUCUCACUGAUCGCCAAUAAACAGAUUUUACAUGAA